AUGUCCGCCCUCCUCUACAUCCUCACAACCAUAGCCUCUCCCUUCCUAACAUCAACAACCUACAACGUCUGGUACGACACCGUCCACAUCCCCGAACUCCUUUCGAUCCCAGGCGGUCCCAACGCAGCGCAUCGCUACAAGUCCACAAAUCCCGAGAAUAGAAAAUGGCACUUCUUAACGCUCUACCCGCUGAAUGACAUUGCAUUUACGGGGAAUCCGACGAUUCGGGAACGCGUCUCGUCGCAUCAUCCUGUGCUUCCGGAGGGGAAGUCGAUUUGGGAGUUGAUUGUGUUGGAGGGGAGGGAUUAUGUUGCUGCUGGUGAUGGGAAAGAGUUAAAGGGAGGGAAGAAGUGGGUUGUUACUGUGGAAGUUGAUGGAGGAGAGGAGAGUGUGAAGGAGUUGUUAGAUGGUGCGGAGGGGUAUGCGCGGUAUAGGAUCCAUCGAGCACCGACUGCGAUGGCUGGUGCUGAUACUCCAGAGAUUGCUGUGCCAAGGGAGCUUGUGAUAUACGAGCUGGACAGGGAAGAAGACAUCGAGCCACUCAUCAAUACCCUGCACAAAACCUCGGAAUCUCUCCAAAUCAAUAUACAAUGUUCGUCCUGGGAAUCUAUCUAA